AUGUCUCUCAUAAGGAACACAUGGCUCUUGUUCUGCGCUAAUGUCAAUAAAGAGGGUGAACUUAUUGAGCAAUUCCUUGGUCUUGUUCAUGUUAAAGAUACAACUGCACAUGCAUUACAAAAAACAAUAAAUUCUUUGCUUUUACAACAUUCAUUGAGUUCAUCUUUAAUACGGGGACAAGGGUAUGAUAGAGCUAGUAACAUGCAAGGAGAAAUUAAUGGUCUUAAAGCUUUGAUUCUGAAAGAUAAUCCUUCGGCAUAUUGCGUACAUUGCUUUGCUCAUCAAUUGCAAUUGACUCUUGUAGCUGUUGCAAAGAAACACCAUGAUAUAAAUAAUUUUUUUGACAUUCUUGCUAAUGUUCUGAAUGUUGUUGGAGGUUUUUAUAAGCGUAGGGAGAUGCUUAGAGAUGAUCAAGCUGAAAAAUUAGAUGAGUUAUUAGUGCUUGGUGAAGUUCAUACAGGAAGUGGAUUAAAUCAAGCACUUGGGCUUCAAAGACCAGGUGAUACCCGUUGGGGAUCUCACUUUAAGACAUUGCGCAACUUUAUAUCUUUAUUCUCAUCAAUUGUUCAUGUACUUGGAGUUCUUGCAAAUGAGGGUUCAAAUUAUCGGAGAAAGCACUGGCAAAAAGUCUAG